AUGUUGUCACAAGCUUUCCUGGGAGCUUGGCUACUCUUGGCUACUCCGUCACUGGCUGCUGACACCUGCCAUGCUCCCAUAAAUCAUCCAGGGGAGCCCUUUAGCUAUGUCCAGCCUCGGAAUACUACAAUUCUCACUCCCUAUGGCGACUCUCCGGCCGUCCUCCCUUCACCGAACAUCACCGGCAAUGGUGGCUGGGAGGGGGCACUUAAGAAAGCAAAGAAAUUUGUGAAUAAGCUUACACUUGAAGAGAAGUCAUGGAUGGCAACAGGCCAGCCCGGCCCUUGCGUUGGCAACGUUCUUCCAAUCCCUCGUCUCAACUUUACUGGUCUCUGUCUCCAAAAUGGACCCCAAUGUGUACAGCAGGGAGAUUAUUCCAGUGUCUUCAUCAGCAGUGUGUCUGCUGCUGCAAGCUGGGAUCGUCAAUUGCUGUAUGACAGAGCACAUGCAAUGGCUGAAGAGCACAAAGCAAAGGGCACCCAUGUCAUCUUGGGUCCCAUCGGAGGACCUCUAGGCCGCAGUCCUUAUGAUGGUCGCACCUGGGAGGGUUUUGCCGCUGACCCUUACCUGACUGGUGUUUGUAUGGAGGAGACCAUCAACGGUAUGCAGGAUGCUGGUGUUCAGGCGAACGCAAAGCACUUUAUUGCCAACGAACAGGAAACUCAGCGCAAUCCAACCUAUGCUCCAGAUGCCAACGAGACCACAUAUAUCCAGGACUCUGUCUCUGCCAAUAUCAAUGAUCGCACACUGCAUGAGAUUUAUAUGUGGCCCUUUGCAAAUGCCGUCCGUGCAAAUGUGGCUAGUGCUAUGUGCUCGUACAACCGUCUGAACGGCUCGCACUCUUGCCAAAAUUCCUAUCUCUUGAACCACCUCCUCAAGGGUGAACUUGGGUUCCAAGGCUAUGUUAUGUCGGAUUGGGGUGCCACUCACAGCGGUGUUUCGUCUGUUGAAAGUGGUAUGGAUAUGACCAUGCCCGGAGGUUUUACCUUGUACGGCGAGCUUUGGACCGAGGGCUCAUAUCUAGGAAAGAACCUGACCAGAGCUGUGAAGAACGGUACUGUCGAGAUGACCCGUUUGGAUGAUAUGAUCGCGCGUAUCAUGACACCAUACUUCUGGCUUGGGCAGGAGAAGAACUAUCCGAGUGUCGAUGCUUCUGUUGGUCCGCUCAAUGUGGACUCGGCUCCUGACACUUGGCUUUACGAUUGGCAAUUCACUGGCGAGACUAGCCGCGAUGUCCGAGCCAACCACAGUGCCAUGAUCCGUGAACACGGCGCUUCCUCAACCGUGUUGCUCAAGAACGAGCGCAAUGCGCUGCCACUUCGCAAGCCUCGCAACAUCGUGAUCGCUGGUAAUGAUGCCGGUCCCCUCACUCAAGGACCCAAUCUCCAGGCAGACUUCGAAUAUGGACACUUGGCAGGAUCUUCCGGUUCCGGCUCUUGCAGAUUCUCCUUUUUGUCGACACCUCUCGAUGCUAUCAAUGCCAGGGCUCGCAAGGAUGGCUCCCUUGUUCAGUCAUACUUGAACAACACCUUGCUGACUACCACCGCUCUCACCUCCCCUCUCUGGAUUCCCCAGCAGCCCGAUGUCUGUCUUGUCUUUUUGAAGUCCUUCGCAGCGGAGGGUGAGGAUAGAACCUCCCUAGACCUGGACUGGGACGGUAAUGCCGUUGUUGAGGCCGUUGCUAGCCACUGUAACAACACUGUGGUUAUCACCAACUCCGGCGGCGUCAAUGUUUUGCCAUUUGCCGAUCACCCCAACGUCACGGCAAUUCUUGCUCAGCAUUACGCCGGUGAAGAGUCAGGCAAUGCUAUUGCCGAUGUUCUCUAUGGCGAUGUGAACCCAUCAGGCAAGCUGCCUUAUGUGAUUGCAUACAAUGAAUCUGAUUACAACGCACCUUUGACCACCGGUGUCGAGACCAACGGUACAUUUGAUUGGCAGAGUUGGUUCGAUGAAGAGCUCGAAGUCGGCUACCGGUACUUUGAUGCGCACAAUAUCUCUGUGCGAUAUGAGUUUGGCUUCGGCUUGAGUUACACGACCUUCAGUCUCAAAGACCUCAAGGCCAAGAGCUCUGCGCCAUCCAAUUUGACCGCUCUACCAGCGAAGCAGCCAACCCAGCCGGGUGGUAACCCGGCUCUGUGGGAGACUGUGUACACUCUGGAAGCGAAGGUUUCCAACACAGGGGAUAUUGAUGGAUAUGCAGUUCCCCAGCUGUACCUUGAGUUCCCCGCUUCCACCCCGGCCGGCACUCCCCCAAGCCAACUCCGUGGGUUCGACAAGAUCUGGCUUACUGCCGGGGAGGAGAAAACAGUCACUUUCGACUUGAUGCGCAGAGACCUCAGCUACUGGGAUGUUGUUGCCCAGGACUGGCGUAUUCCUGCUGGGUCUUUUACCUUCAAGGCUGGCUUCAGCAGCCGCGAUUUCCAUGCGAAUGCCACCGCGACCUUGGUCAAGGCAUAA